GCAUGCAGAACAGGGGGUGCUCGCACAUUCGGGCCCAGCACCCCGAACCGAACGCCACGGAUCUCUUCGCUGCGCCACCCCCACCCCCUUCAUAUAUCUGUAUCCUCCCGUGAUCCGGUAUGCAUGCAAAAAAACCGCCAACGCAGCGCCACCGCCGGUACGUUUUGAAAGAUUCCUCAGUCGGUGGUCGGAAGGGCCAGAGUACGGACCGUUCCUAAUCUCACGCCGCCCAGCCUACGGAAAGUGGCGGCGGACUCGUGCUUUUUAUAUCAUUACAAAAGAAGAUAACUAAAUUUAACUGUGCCGUACCUUUAGGCUUAGCAAAGCGUCGUUGACUGUCUUGAAACCUUUACGCUCUUUUUUUAAUAACUAGCAAAAGAAGAAGAAAACGUGUUGUUAAUGAAUUAAUUAAAGUGGAAAUCUACUGAAGAUUAUUAUAUUGUCUAUCGAUUAUUAUCUACUAUAUAUAUUAUUCUACAUGUUCAUACUUGGAGUUCCUGUACCUGUACAAUUUAACAAAGUGAAUUGGUUCCUAAACAACUUUUUUCAGUGGUGUUUGCUGAAAGAGUCAUGCCUGUGAAUUGUGAGAGUCACCAUACCAAAACAGUGGUGGAUGGUACUCACGACCAUGACAUAGCAGACAUUCAUGAAGCAGCAUGGAUACAGAUGUUCCUACCGUGGACACGGGCCAACAACAGCAACACUGCAGUAAGCAGGAGUCAGCGGACCAACAGCAUCACCAGGCGACAGCGGUGCCAUCGGUGGUAAUGACGCCGGAGGAAGGUCAAGAGGCGGCGAUGAUCGCCGACCUCCAGCAGCAAAUGAGGGUUCCUGAACGUCCAUCAAGUUCCUCGCGAACUCCUUGCCCGAAGUUCAGCAACAAAAAAUGCGAUUCCUGCGGGCGGGAGUUUCACACUACAAACCACUAUCUGGAACACGUGUGUGAAGUGUCGCCGCACGUGGGACUCAAUUCUUCGACCACCCCUCCUUCCACGGACGGUGGUAGUAGACCUUGUUCUGUUCCUACCUCGCACUACCCGUCCGCGGGGGUCGGGGCUUCUACCAGCAGCAUGUUUUGCAGCAGCGAACUGUCCAACAGUUCGGGCAGCGACGUGGAGAACUUUACCGGAAAGAUCGUGUACAACCGGGACGGUUCAGCCUUCAUCUUGGAGACGGGCGAUUCGGAUGCGCUCAGCGACGACGAAGGCAGCGAUGAACUGCUCUCGCGUGCCGCUGAAGAAGCUGCAUCCAGGGUGCCCACCUCGUCCCAGCUCAUUCCACACAUGGUGAAUGCUCUCCACAUCGCUAGAAACCCUGCAUUGUACAAUGCCCUCUAUGGACAGGCGUACAGUUUCCUUCAAGAGAAAAACAAAGUUCCUGAUGUCCCUGUUAUGCACAGUUUUAGAGUUUUCACGGUGCGUGAUGUAGCCAGUGAAAAUACAGUUACUACUUCUUCUAGCAAACUGGACGAGGAUGGUUCUCAAAAGAGGCCAUCCAGCGUCAAUAAGGCUAACUUUCCUAUGGUAGACUAUUCUUUUGUGCCGAUAAAACCUAUAUUGAUGUGUUUUCUGUGCAAACUUUCUUUUGGUUAUUCGAAAUCUUUCGUAGCCCAUGCUAUGGGUGAGCAUAAUAUCAAUCUGAAUGAGGAAGAGAAGAAUAUUAUGUCUCAAAAGAACACUUCGGCAAUCAUACAGGGUGUCGGGAAGGACAAAGAACCACUCCUAUCAUUCCUAGAACCUAUGCCUAGUUCGGUUGCUCAGAACAGUGUAGGGAGUCAGAGUGGUAAUAUUUAUGCCCAGUCAUUGCAGAGCUCAUGUACCAGUUCCUUCGGAUCCUCGGAUCCUAUGACUAAUCUGCUGAAUGCCGUGUCCAGUGCAGUGGCUGGGGGUUACGGCUCCUCGGCGGUUACAACAUUGGUCUCGGCCGUCUCGAGUCCUGUGGCGGCACUCUCAGAGAUCAAGCCAAGCAUGUCGAACAGUCGGACGACACCCUCUCUCUCUAGUUCCUUACUUGCUGCCGAAAGCGACGAGGCCUUAGCGCCAGAGUUGCAGGACUUGAUGACGAUAGAAAAGUUCGCUAAAGCUGCCGCAGAUGCUGCGGAAGCAGAAUCAGCGGCUUCUCUGUCGCCCAGAGAACGUAAGAACACCUGCUUCAACGGCCAGAGUGAUACGCCACAAGAAGACCAAGACCUUAGGUUGAAUCCAUUUGACUGCAGCCCCCAUCCUACUUUAUCAACGGCUGCAUCGAUGGGUUCUCUUGACAGACCGACAAGUGCCGGUAGUCAUGAAAGUAUGUCUCCUGGCAUGUCAAGGGUGUCUCCCAAAAACAAUCCAAUUACGAGUCCACUAUUAUCCACAGUUCCUUCACCGUCGUCAGCGACUAACAGUCCUGUUUGCAUCUGUCCUCAACAUCCGGAUGGAAGGACAAAUGGCGUUGAGUGCCCUAAGUGCGAUCUUAUCCUAGGCUCUUCAAGAUCGCUUGGAGGUCACAUGACCAUGAUGCACUCAAGAAAUUCUUGCAAGACGCUCAAAUGUCCGAAAUGCAAUUGGCAUUAUAAAUAUCAGGAGACUCUUGAAAUUCACAUGAAAGAAAAACAUCCAGAAAAUGACAUGAGUUGUAUGUACUGUCUCACUAAUCAAUCCCAUCCCAGGUUGGCUCGUGGGGAAACGUAUACAUGCGGUUACAAACCUUACCGUUGCGAGGUUUGCAACUACUCUACAACAACUAAGGGCAACCUCAGCAUUCACAUGCAGUCAGACAAGCAUAUCAACAAUGUGCAAGAAUUGCAGAAUGGUAAUAUUCAAGCCGAACAUGUGAUGCAGUCUCAACCUCUUGCAGCUCCUACCUCGAUGCCUACACCACCGGCGGUUGAUGCUGCAGCCAAAAAACCAGUCACUACCAGCAAACCAAAGGCCACAUGGAGAUGCGACGUAUGUAAUUACGAGACAAAUGUGGCCCGGAAUCUGCGCAUUCAUAUGACGAGUGAAAAACAUAAUCAUAAUAUGAUGGUUCUUCAGCAGAAUGUGAAACAUAUGCAACAAAUAUCUGCUUUCCAACAAGCUCAAGCACAGGCUCAAGCCCAAGCUCAAGCUAUGGAUCCUAUGUUUCAGUUCCAUCCGGGAUUACUGCUGCCUUGCGAUUCUCAAUUGCAGCCAGAAGCAGCUUUGGCAGAUAUGGCUUACAAUCACGCCUUACUUAUGAUGGCUACCCAGCAACAGCAACAAAGAGCUAUGGCAGCAGCUGCUGCAGCAGCCGCAGCUGCAAGUGGAAAGAGUCCAAUGGGAGCUCCUCUAAAUCUUAGUGUUCCUCCUACUUUGGACAUUGAUCAUCCAGAUCCAUCGUUACGGCCUGACGUUCCUUACGACGAAAAUGGUAAAUUGUUCCAGUGUUGCGUUUGUCAUGUGUAUUCUGCCGAUACCAUCGAGGCUUUGAAUCAACAUGCUCAACUUGACCGAACUCGUCAGCGUGAGGAAGAAGUCCUGAUGGUAGUUGCUGGAACGUACAUCUGUAAGCUGUGUACGUAUAAGACAAAUCUGAAAGCUAACUUUCAACUGCAUUGCAAGACAGACAAGCAUCUUCAGAGGUUGCAGCAUGUUAACCAUGUUAAAGAAGGCGGACCAAGUACAGAAUGGAAACUGAAAUAUGCUAAUGUCAGUAACCCUGUCCAAGUCAGAUGUAAUGCCUGUGACUAUUAUACAAACAGCAUCCAUAAAUUACAGUUGCACAUUGCUAAUCCCAGACAUGAAGCCAACGCGAGAAUAUUUGCUCAUUUGCAGAUGAGUGUUCAUUCAUUGAAAGCCGAAGCCCAUUAUUUCCAUUGCAGGCUGUGCAAUUUCUCCACCAAGGCAAAAUUUAACCUCAUUCAGCAUGUGCAUUCUAUAAGACACUUACGACAUGAAAACAUGCGUCAAAUGCAAUUAAGGACCGAAGGAAGAGAUAUUGAUGAAGAUGUUCGAGAUUAUGUGCAAGUGAGAGAACUUAAAGGGAACGAAAAAAUCAUCUUCGAUGCUGAUGUGGAUACUCCAGUACUAGAACUCAGUGAUGAAAGUGCUUCAAAAUCAGAUGGCAAAGUAACCCCACCAAAGUCUGAAGAAAAGGCCUCUUCUGAUUCAAGAUUAAAGAAAGCACUAUUAGAACAGCCGAAGCCAAGUACUCCAAGUGAAAGUACAGCCUCGAAUUCAGAACAAACGCAUCGUUGCCCAUUUUGUAACUAUACAAGUAAUACUGAGGUUCGGAUUCAAAUGCAUGUUGUUUCUCAGCAUUUACCCCAGACUAACACCAUCCCUUGCCCUCUGUGUCAAGAAGGCUGUAAGGAUAUCGGGGCCCUUGAAAAUCAUUUAAUUGAAGUUCACAAUGUUAUUAAAGAAGGUGUUCAAAGGCUAUUACUCAUGGUUGACAUGUCUAAUAUAGAAACUAAAUCAGAACCUCAAGAACAGAAGGCGAAGUCGGAAGAGAUAUCGACUUUAAAACAGGAGACGCCUGAAGUAGAUGGAAAGAAUUCUCCAGAAAACAAAGAUCGCGCAUUAGAAGAAUCUGGAGAUGAUCUAUUUUGCACAUUUUGCAACAAAAGUUUCUUCAACGUAGACGACUUAUUUGCUCAUCAGAGUGAACUGGGUCAUAUGGAACUCAAACCAACACCAUCAGGUCUUGAAUAUCAGUGUUGGAAAAAGGGCUGUAUGCAAUCAUUCAAAACAUCUGCUGCUGUUCAAUUGCAUUUCAAAGAAACACAUUCUAAAAAGCCCUUGCUCUCUGUUUCGGAUCGCCAUGUGUACAAAUAUCGGUGCAACCAAUGCAGCCUGGCUUUCAAAACCUUGGAGAAACUGCAGUUGCAUUCCCAGUAUCAUAUGAUCCGCGCUGCUACUAAAUGUGUUCUUUGCGGCCGUAGCUUCAGAUCAGUGAUAGCUCUACAAAAGCACGUUGAAACGGCUCAUACUGACAUGACCAAAGAACAGAUGGAACAGUACAAAGCAAGUUUAGCUAAUAACCCACUUUUAUCUAGCGGAGGCGGAGGAGUUCUGGACCCACAAACCACAGAACUAUUGAAAAAAGAGAGCAUCCGAGAAAGCAUGGAGAUCGUUGAUGAUAUUGUGGAUCUGGGGGCUGAUAAGGAACCUUCACCAUCACGUGACAUGGAAUGUGAUCAUUCUGAACUAGGAGAGGCUUCCUUAGAAAGUUCCGGGAACAAUCAAGAUGUACUCGAGGACUACAUAAAUAGUCAGAGUAUGGCAGAAGAUAGCUAUAAUGAUCCUAACAGAAAAUAUAAAUGCCAUCGUUGCAAAGUGGCCUUUACUAGGCAGAGUUACCUGACGAGUCACAAUAAAACACUAUUACACAGAAAAGGUGAAAAGAUGAGUUAUCCCAUGGAAAAGUAUCUCGAUCCUAAUCGGCCUUUUAAAUGCGAUAUUUGCAUGGAAUCCUUUACUCAAAAGAAUAUACUUUUAGUUCAUUAUAAUUCAGUUUCACAUUUGCAUAAAGUCAAACUUAGUAUGAAGGAAAAUAAUAGUAGUAGUAGUAGCACUUCUGUUUCAUCAGUUUCCAUAGCCACUAGUUCCACCGCUACUACAAGCACAGCUGUCUUCACUGCCCCAUCUAGCAGUCCCAGCAUGAUUGCACCUACUAAUAACUCAUCUGCUUUAGAUUUGGAAAAGAAACCAUUUAAAUGCAAUAUCUGUAAAGUAGCAUAUAGUCAAGGAUCAACUCUUGACAUUCAUAUACGAUCCGUUCUGCAUCAAACUCGAGCAUCAAAGUUGCACGAAUUGGCUAUGACGGGACAAAUCGACCUUAAUGCCCCAUUGAUCGAGCGCUCUGAACAAUCACCAAACGAACAACACUCGCAAUUAUUAAUGCAACCACCGACUGUGACUAACGAAAGUUCCUCUUUAAUACUGCCUCAAACCUCGCAGGUAUCUGGCCCGGCCACAAGUGUUCCUUCUUCUGUCCAAACUCCAAAGAUCCCAGAUCUGACACAAGUUCCUGUGUGCACCACAGCAAUGUCUGCUGCGGUCGCAACUAUCACCAGUGCCUCUCCUCAGUUCCACUUAUCGACUGACACGGCAACAUCCAAUGGCCUUGUGCCCACAGUUCCUCAGCCCCCCGUCCUAAUGCCGUCUCAGGCUUCUUCACAGGCUCUCAUAAAUUGUUCCAGAUGUAAUGCUAUUUUCAUGUCUCACGAUUCAUUGCUUCAACAUCAGCAGCUGUGCUGUUAUUUUAAUCCACAACAAUCAAAUGUCGGAAGGAGUACUCCAGUAUCCUCUACACCUCAGCCACAACCACCUCCCACAUCUGUGCCAACAAGUCUGCAAUCUUCUUUGCGCCUCCCAAAUAUGCCAGAAAAAGAAGAUUCCAUGAAACCAUCUCUUCUGUUCCCACAACUUGCAGAAUCUACAAAUUCUACGCCUCCUCAGUUAAGUCCUCAGAUCAAUCAAUUGACAAAUCAAUUACCUAUGAGACCGAAAUGCCCCUUUCCUCGACCUAGACCUCUGGUAUAUAAACAUUUGAUUGAAAGCUUCGGCUUCGAUGUCGUAAUGCACUUCAAUGAGAACAAUCAGAGACGAAGAAAGGUCGAAAAGAAAGAAGUGGAAGAAAAUACGACCAAAGAAAGCAGUACUGGAGACACAUGCAAAGAUGAAGCUAAAUUGGAGGAAAACAAAAAUGGUGAUUCAGAAUCCAAAAUCCAAGAAGAUAAAAAUGGAGAAAUUUCUGAUUUACCGGAAAUUAACCGGUCAGUUUGCGAUAUCUGUUCAAAGGAAUUUUCCUGUAUAUGGGUAUUAAAAACACACAGAGAAGAAAUUCAUAAAGAAAUCGUGCCCAUUGAUUUAAUUGUGAAAUUUGCUGACAGUUUUAAAAAGUAUUAUGAAAAACAUAAUUCUGAGCAGCUCAUGCUUCCUACUCCUUGUGAAGAAAAUCUGAAUGAAAUGAACCCACCGACACCAAAUGUAAGCUCUGAAACUCCUUUAUGUCCUACUCCAUCUUCUGUGACUUCUUCAAGCCAACAACCUCCUGCGACACCACCAGCUUCAAGUAUACCGUCUCAAAUAUCUGAUGUUCCUUCAUCUGUGACGGCGAAUCAAAUGGCUGCCCAGUUACAAUUUAAUCAACUUCUGAUGAGUAUGGGCUUAGGAAUGGGACUUCCUAUGGGUAUGAAUCUGAAUAGCAUGAAUAUAAAUAUGAAUUUUGCUGCUGCAGCGGCAAUGAAUCUUCAUCCACCUCUAAUACCAGUUCUUUUACCACCUCCAAUGGAUCCUUUAAUGGCAUCUGCAUUUAAUCAUCCAAUGAUGCCAGGUGGAGUCGAAUCCAGCUACUUUGCUGCCCAGCAAAAAAUGAUGCAUCACCAGCAACAGCAACAAACUGCAGCAAUGGCUGCUGCUCAAGCACAACAACAGAAAAGAGCGAGAACUCGAAUUAAUGACGAGCAGUUGAAAAUACUGAGAACAUACUUCGACAUCAAUAAUUCUCCAACAGAGGAACAAUUAAUUGAAAUGUCUGAUAAAUCAGGAUUACCCCUCAAAGUCAUCAAACAUUGGUUCCGGAACACCUUAUUCAAGGAAAGGCAACGCAAUAAAGAUUCUCCGUACAAUUUUAAUAACCCACCAUCAACAUUUUUAAAUUUGGAAGAAUAUGAAAAAACAGGAGAAGCUAAAGUUGUGCCUAUAAGUCGAAGUGAUUAUUUGUCGAAAAUCGAUGCUGAUUCUACGAAUCAAAGUGAAGAUGGACGCAGCCUGGCAGAUGACACUGAUUCGUCUCAAGAAGAUAAGGAAAAACAUGAAAAUGAGUAUCAAACUCCUAUUUGUGAAGAAAAACCUAUUAUUCCAAAAAGCGAAUUGCCAUCGUCAUCAACAUCAAUUACUCCAUCUGUGUCAAUGUCUCAUCCUAUUCUGACAUCUUCAACUCCAAAGGAUGACUCUAAAGAUAUCUAUGCCAUGCAUUCUGAAUCUUCCUCACCUUCACCUCAGCCGUCCAUCAACUUCAGUUCUGUUUCAUCGAUUACCGGCCCAAUCAUUCCUAGUGCAUCCACCUCACCUCCAACUUCUGAUUCGCCAAGGGGUUUCAACAGCCCCUCUUACUGUGGUUCUGGUUCCACCGGCGGUGGCAGCGGCAGUGGUAAGCGAGCUAAUCGAACCCGCUUCACCGACUAUCAAAUCAAAGUACUCCAGGAGUUUUUCGAAACCAAUGCCUAUCCGAAAGACGAUGAUUUGGAGUACCUGUCGAAGUUGCUGAGCCUCAGUCCUAGAGUGAUUGUGGUGUGGUUCCAGAACGCUAGACAGAAAGCUCGUAAAGUGUACGAGAACCAACCACCUGUUAACACCGAUGAUGAUAGCGCUGGAAAGUUUCAGAGAACACCGGGUCUCAACUAUCAGUGUAAGAAAUGUUUACAAGUUUUCCAGCGAUAUUACGAGCUUAUUAAACAUCAGAAAAGUUCUUGUUUUAAAGACGAGAACCCUCUAGCCAUGCAAAUGAAAGCGGCUACUGCAGCUAUCGAUGAAAAAUCUCAAGGCAGUAGCGUAUCAGAUACAUCCUCAAUCACUAAUAGGGUACCAGAUAAAUUCCCACAGAAUGGCACUUAUCGAUGUGAUAAAUGCAGUCUUUCAUUCCCACGCUUCGAUCACUGGAGAGAACACCAAAUUGUGCAUAUCAUGAACCCCAAUCUUUUCCCUAAUUACUCCCCAAAUUCCUCCUUUGGUAUUCUGCAGUACGAGGCUCAGCAACCUCCAACGCCACCACUAAAAAGAAAAAUGUCCGAGGAAGAAGAGAUGAAAGAAAGUGGUGAUCAACCGAAAGAUAAACGUCUGAGAACAACAAUUCUGCCUGAACAGUUAGAUUAUUUGUAUCAGAAAUAUCAAAUCGAAAGCAACCCAAGUCGUAAAAUGUUGGAGAAUAUUGCAAGAGAAGUAGGACUAAAGAAACGUGUUGUGCAAGUCUGGUUUCAGAACACACGAGCGAGAGAACGAAAGGGUCAAUUUAGAGCACAUCAACAAGUUAUACAUAAACGGUGUCCAUUUUGCCGAGCUUUGUUCAAGGCUAGAUCUGCUUUAGAAUCCCAUCUUGCUACAAGGCAUGCAGAUCAGUAUACGCGAGGUGAUAUCAAUAUUGAUUCACUUCCUGAUGGUGAAAUGGAUUCAAACCCAGAAACGCCUUCUACAUCCAAUGCUUCAGAAGACAUCAAAAAUAGCAUAUAUCCUGGCUUUUCAUCUUGUACAACAACAACUGCUUCAGCACCUAGCUUUACCACGCAGAAUCUAGAAUCCAUGCAAAGCUCGAUGAAAAAAUAUUAUGAAGAUUCCUUAAAGAAAUAUUUAGACGAUCUUGCUUAUCCUAGUGGCAGUUCAAAAGAAGCCGCUUCUUCACCAGCUGCUGAUCUCACCUCAAAACCAGCUAAACCACCUGGAGACAAACCGAUUGGUCAGGUUGGCGAUUCACCUCUGGAUUUGAGUAAACCCGUAAAAGUUUCCAUCGAUGGUGAGAAGAGUAGUGAUGGAGCCCCAACAAAUUUAAGCGAUAAGAGUUCUGAGGAUGGAAUGAAUAAAAGCUACCUAGGCUGUGACGAUGCUAGAUCAGAAACUCAUUCCGAAUCAACUGAAAAUAUGGAUUUCGAUGAUCAUAUGGACAUUUCUCAUGAAAGCAACCCUACAUCGCCAUCAAAUGCAGGGCAUCAGAGUAGCGGUGGAAAAAGGUUUCGAACGCAAAUGUCUACCCUUCAACUGAAAGUCAUGAAAUCCGUAUUUGCAGAUUACAAAACGCCGUCAAUGGCUGAAUGCGAAACAAUGGGUCGAGAUAUCGGACUGCCCAAAAGAGUUGUUCAAGUAUGGUUUCAGAAUGCAAGAGCUAAAGAGAAAAAGGCUAAAUUAGCUUUUCUUAAAGCUUUUGGCCAUGAAAUGGAUAUGCCUAAACCUCCAGAAGAAUGUACUAUCUGUAAAGUCAAGUAUAAUGUUAAGUUUUCAAAUACUAGUAUGCAAGAUCACUUAUUCUCUAAACGUCAUCUGGAAAACUUAAAAGCCCACAUUACAAAUAUGAAAAAACUAACUGAAGGGCAAGACAACAUGGACAGGUUAGACCACUCUCCGGCCACACCAGGAAGUAUGCUCAAUCAUCUUGUUCAGUCGCAGCACUCUUUACACCAAGAGGACGCCGAUUUGCUGGGAUCUUCCGCUGCGUCAUCCGGGGGCAACCCACCUAGUCUGAUGCAGCAACUGCACAUGAUGGGUCUCCAACAGAUGCCAGGCAUGCCUAUGCCCAUGGGCUUACCGGGCUUCCCCAGUGCAAGCAAUGGUCCCACCAACCUCCUCAACGUGAACGCAGCUGGGUCUCCACCGAACUCUGUUGCUUCCAUCUCUUCAAACAACUCGCAGGCGCCUAAAACAGACACUGCGAAAGAUCACCCUGUGACAAGUAAAUGCAAUAACAACAACAACGCUGGCGUUGGAGAUGCAACAGAAAAUAAGUCUUCAGACAACCAAUCGCAGCAGAAUACAGCCACGUCCACUUCAAAUCAAAUGCCACUGGUGCGAAAGGACGAAAAGAAGGAUACUUCGGACGUUCCAAACGGAAGUAACAGCAGCAAUACCUCCCAGCAACAACAACAACGUCCUGGCAACAUGGCAGAUUUCCCCAUGCCCACCACAGAAGCCGGCGGCUUGUUUCCCUACAUGUAUGCCGGAUUUCCAGGCUACUAUGCCGGACUUUCGGGUGCAUUCUUCCACCCAAGCAUGUAUCCAGGUAGGAAUAAACUAUGACAAGAAUCCCUAUCUUCUUAAGCCCUUUUUUCAACUGUGAUGCUGUGUAGUUGUAGUUAUGCGAAGUGAACUCAUUUUUGCUUUUUUUAAGUGGGGAAGAAAACAAAAAUCGAGAGAACUUAUACGAUUUCAUUUUUUCCCCCAGCGAGUUGGGACUUGAGACUCGACUGUUGCAUAUACAUUUUUUUCCUAGCUCGUACGAUGCAAUUCCAUACCAUGUACAUGUAUUUUAUCAUUGUGUUAGUAAUUUAUUAGCCAUUUUUUCGUGCAGGGUUGAAUAUUAACAGCAAUUCAUGUGCUUUUUUCACAGCAUUUUUUUCUCCAUCUCGUUUGAGAUAAGAAGUGACGUGAUAGUGCCGAGGCAGAUUUAUUUAUCACUUUUUUUCACCACUUUCGCAACCUGUUUCUCUGCACUGCUGAAUACUUCAUCCAAUUAUUCGUCUGAAAAAAAGCUCUUUUGCAUUUCUUUGUUGGCAUUCCUGAUUUUUCUCUCCUUUUUUUCUCCUUUGUUUUCAACACGUGCACUUAAACUUCUGAUACAUCUUCUAAAAAUUGCACGCCAUGUUGUAAAUGACUUUCUUUAUGAUGAGUAAUAAAAAAACAAACAUGGCUUUCUAGUGAAAUAGCUCUACUGUCUCAAAAUGUUGAAAUGGUUAUUUUCAGAUAUUCGUAAAUUUUGUUGAUUUUCAUAUUUAAAAGAUUUGUUUUUAUCUAUUCAAAAUUUUAUUACAAAAGUUGAAACUUUCAGAAAACGCCAUAAUUAUUUUAUAAAAUAUUGAAACUAAACCUACCUCAUUUAUUGAUUGGUUUUAUUUUAUUCACAGUUAUUUCUUAAAUUUUCAACUAUAAACAACUUUUGUUUUUUUUAUGUGUAAAUAUUUGCCUGUUAUAAAAGCAAUUGUCUGGUGCCUUAAACAUGAUUAUUAUUUUUACUAAUUAUAAAAGAAUGUAUAAAUAUGAGAAAUAAUUUUCCAUGUUUCUUAAUUAAAUUUAUUUCUGUUUAAAAUAUAUAAAAAUUACACAAGCCUGCUUAGUAGAAUUUCAGUAUUAGUUUAUAUAUUGUGACCAAAUUUGAUGUACAGAAUUGAAAUUUUAUUACUUUUUUUUUUGUAUUGUGUAUUAUAAUUUUAUGAUUUGGUUUACAGAAGUUGUGUGUUAGAUUCUAUUUAAUAUAACUUAUGUGAUGAAUUUGUAUGCUGAUGAAAUCAAAAUUAUGACUAAAAAUUGGAUCAGUAUAAAAAUAACGGUUUUGUUUUUGCAUUUGAAUUGAAAUAUUAAAAUUAGAAUGUAUAACAUAUGAUUUUAAAAUAAGAUUUUUAAAGAAUUACUUCUUGGUUCUAUAAAAAAAUUCAUACGUUUAUAGAUUAGAGCUAUAUAUUGAAAUAAAUUAUUUCUAUGUACAGAAUAUUUUAACUUGAUAAGAAUUUGUUUUUAGCCGAUAUCAAACAGAAUGAACAAAAAAUUUUAAAGAUGUAAAUAUUUCCCAAUUUUUAACUCCGUACAUAGCUUUAGCGAAAGAGCAUAAAUUGUUUAAAUAGAAGAUGUUUAUCCAAAGAUUCAUUUCCAUUUCUUUAAUAUCAUUGAAAUCCUCAUCCUCAAAAGAGGAUAAAUGGAAAUGUCACAUGUUCGUAUGAAAUAAACCGUUAUUUUUAUAAGGAUUUCUGUUUCCUUAGUGCCUUACAUGACCAAAGUAUUACCACAGGGAAAUAUUGCAAUCAAAAUGAAAAUUGCAUGUUAUAAUUCUUUGCAUGUGUAUAAAAUCUAGCGUAUAGAAAGAAGCAUGAAUGCUUUUUUUUUAGCUUUUAUUUUCUUUUCUUUCAUCUUUGCUAUAAAAAACAGUCGCACUUUUUUUUUUCUUUUUUGAAAAUCGUUUGACGAAUGAGAAAAGUAUGAAAAAAAAAAGUUCUUUGUGAGCUGUUUUGUAUCAAUAGCGCUGUUGACUGACUGUGUGUGGAAAAACGUUAUUAUUAUUUUUGUUUUGUUUUGUUUUGUACAUAUGAUGGUCGAUGCAGAUGCAUUUUUUAUGUUUGCACCGUAUCUUGUAUCAAUAGUUCAACAAAAAUGAACUGUGUAAAAUAAAAUUUGCCAUCGUGAAAAAA